AUGUAUACGAGAGAGAGGCGAGAGACGAAAAUUGUUCAUGACUUCGUGGAUAACCUCAUUUUAAGAAAAAAAUCGCUGAUCGAUGAACAAAAUAAAGCUGGAGAACAAUUUGACAAUCAAACAAUUAAGACAUUUUUAGAAUUAUUGAUAGAUAAUUCUAAUGAUACCGACAAGGGAUAUACCGAUGAAGAACUUCGCGAGGAGACGCUUGCUCUUGCUAUAGCGGGCUCGGAUACAUCGGCAGUAGGCACAUGUUUUGCUAUUUUACUACUGUCACAACACAUGGAUGUACAAGACAAAAUUUACAGAGAAAUUCAAGAAGUUUUAGGAGAUACAGACAAGACACUUGAAGCGGAAGACUUGAUGAAAUUCAAUUAUUUAAGAGCUGUGAUAAAGGAAACCUUAAGACUUUACCCCCCUGUACCUAUAACUGUGAGGUAUCUUAAGAAAGACCUUGAAUUACCUACUGGUAUAACUCUUCCUGAGGGUAGUAAUGUAGUUACAAGUAUAUGGGGUAUACACCGCAAUCCUCGCCACUGGGGUGACGAUGCAAACGUUUUUAAUCCCGAUCGUUUCCUGCCUGGAAAAGCAUCGCAACCCAACGCUUUUAUGCCAUUCAGCUACGGUCCUCGGAGUUGUCCUGGGUACCAAUACGCUAUGUUUUCGAUGUCAACUACGUUGAUAAAUCUCUUGCGACGUUACCGCAUUAAACCAGCGUCAAACUACAAAUACGAUGAGAACAAUCCGCUAAGAGUGUCGUUUGAAGUUAUGAUGAUACAUGUCAAUAAUUUCUCCGUUCAAAUUGAAUAUCGUAAUGAACCCAAUAAAAAUAAAAAAUCAGAAGAAAUGUAAGUAAUAUUGUACCUGUAUGAUAAGAAAAUAUUUAUGAUGUACUUGAAAUAUAUGGUUUAUAACAACGAAUUUUACAAAAUAUA